AUGAAUAUGACUAAACCACCAUCAAUUCCAUCCAAACCCAUACCUCGUUUUUAUUUUAUUUUAUUAUUUUCGCUAAUUUUUGUAUUUAUUUAUUGGUUUCGUUCAUCUCGUUCAUCUUCAACAAAUGGUUUUGCUGAUGUAUCUCAAUUGCCAAAAUCAUCUUUAUUUACUUAUACGAAUAUUUCUUCACAAGUAUUUUAUAGUGAAACUCAAGGUAUACUCUAUCUACCACCAAAUGGUCAAAGUGCACAUUUUGUUUCAUUAAAAAGUAAAGCUGUACGAGGCAAUCAUCGUCAUAAAGACAAUGAAAAUAGUAUUUCGGGUGAAGUGAUUAUUUUAUUACAAGGUCAAUUUCAUUUUCGUAUUGGAGAUAGUGAUACUAAUCAAUAUGAAGAUCAUCAAUUUGAUGCAUGUAAAAUGGGAAUUAUUGCAUUUCAAUUCUCAGCUGAUAAAUGUCAUGCAUUAAAAAAUAUUGGUAAAAAUACAAAUUGGUUUGCAAGUUAUUAUUUAAAAUCAAAAGAAAUUACAAAACCUCCAGUUGAUAAAGAAGGUUGUAAGAAAAUGUUAUUAACUUAG